AUAUGUAUAUAUAUAUAUACAUAUAUAUAUAUAUAAACCUCGCUUGCGCUUCUACAUAACGGAUACAUAUCUGAGCAAAUUGACAUACACAUUCAUGUGAGAAUGUGACCGCAUACCCAAUACGCCGUAUUCAGGGUUGCCAAGCGGGCUUCAUGCGUAUCAACCCGUCUAUGACUCCUCGCAACUGAGGUAUAAGUAUUCAUUCAUUCCUCUACGUCGAAAUCAUGAUUUAUAUUCAUCAGACUAAAAGAUACAGCUCUUCAUUUAUAUAUACAUACCUAUCUUCAAUUUUCUAUAUAUCAAAAUGAUUGCCGGUCGCUUUAUUACAACAACAGCCCGCAGUAGCGUGAGCGCUGUAAGAGGACGCAUUGCGUAUCCCUACUACAGACCCACACCCACAUUCAACUCGCAUCUAUCGAACCAAUCAACUCGAAUUGCCGCUUCCAAGUUCUCGACUUCGAGUUCCGGUCUUUCAGCAAAGAAGCCUGCUAACGAGCCUUCGAAGCAGCAGUCCGACGAAACCCCGCCUAUGGGCUUCAGCUUUGAAGGAUUGGGCAUGACCCGAAGGACCAAGAUCGCUGUCGUUAUUAUCAUAAGCAUAUUCGCUACCAUGGAGACUAUUUUCUAUAUUAGGUGGUUUUGGGGUUGGUACUCAGGUACCGAGGACGACGAGACAGAAAGCAAGGCUUGAGCCCAACUUUGCUUUUUCGUUUCUCGUUUCUCGUUUUGCUAUGCGAUUAAUGCAGCCCCGUCUCUGCAAUGAGCCGAGAGACUUAUUCUGUCACGCAGAGUACCAUGUAUUAUACUAAUGUCUCAAAAGAGACCAAUUCGCCGCUCAAUUCAAACAAGCUCAGCUCUUGCACUACUAUCUAGGUGAUGGGGGGGUUUUAAGCGAACUUGGAGGGCUCAAUAUUUUGCAUACCUCAGGAAGUCUCCAUCGGACGUUCGUUCGUUCGACUGUCGGGUGCUGUCGCGUUCAGCCGUUGCACCACCAUUCGCCCCAUCUAGAGCUCUAUUUUAAGCCUUAACAGGUUCUACGAAAUUAGCUAUGGGGAAGCCUCAGAUGUUAGCGUCAUGCGUGGUGGUGAGGGUACUGCGCGAUAACAAGGGGAAAAGUCUGCCACCUUGACGCGUUCGAAUAUCUCUUAAUCCUGUAUUUUAAAUGUCGCCUAAUAUGACAAAAAUAACUAUAUUUAAGAAUCAAGUUAUCAUAGAAAACGUGACAGGAAGGGUGUUCAUUAAUGCAACUGAAAUAGGACGAUCACUUCUACUUCUCUAGGG